UCGACACAGCCUGUUGCGGCGGAUUUCACGCGCCACGCGCGGUCGCCGGCCGCAUCAUGAGGCUCGUAUAGCCGCCGCGACCACGCCAAGCAGUGCUGCCGCGAAAGAGGUAGGGCUGCCCCCAGCUUGUGUGCGCUCAGCUCGAGCUACACAGCCCCGUAGGACACAGCACGAAAAAAACGCUGCCCCGGCGAUGGUCGUUUCGCACCGGGGCGAGCGCAUGGCGGCGCAGCCUCAUCAAAGAGCCGCUUUACAGGACCCGAACGCCGCUCUCACCAGAUGCGUGCGGUCGCGACGACGUUUACUGCGGGACGCGACGGCCGAGGUCUUGAGCAAUUGCGACGACCUGUCGAGGGCCCAAACAUCGAUCAGAGAACUGGAAAGUAAACAUAAUGAUGCACUACGGAGUGACGCUCUACGAGCUUUGUCUGAAUUACGACGGGCGGGUCGGAUACGAGAUGUCGUAUUUGAGGAAAAGGAUCUAGGCGUGUCCUUCGUGCUCGCGCGCUUCGACAGUGUCGAUGGCAAGCACAACGAACUGGGGAGGCGGUUCGUGGUCGUCGAGACGACUAGACCGCUAGGUGUGGCCAGGAGGAUGCUCGCGCCGACGGACGAACUGGUGGGCAUCGUCGGGAGUGAAGGACUAGAGCCGGUCGUCGACCCUACGGUGGAUGCGUUCGACGACCUGCUCAAAAGAUUAGAUCAUGAAGAGAGACCGUUGACGCUCGUGUUCGCUUUAGGACCGCAGCGGGAGGCGGCGCACGCCGCGGCCGUGGCCGCGGAACGAGAAACGGCGAAAGCUCGGGAGCUGGAGCGGAAACAGAGGCGAGCGGAACGACGACUACAAGAAGCUCCAAAGUCACCGACGGAGUCGUUCAUGGAGGAGGCCUUCUUCGGUGGGGAAGACGAGCCUCCACCCGUGCCGCCGGUGGAGCGGAGUCGAGCCUGGAACGCGACGGAGGAUCGCGAGGAGGAUGCCGAAGCGGUCAAGAAAGCACUGGAGGCGAAGCGGUUGCAGAGAGAGGCGAAGGCGCGCGAGGAGGCCACGAAGCGCGCGUCUUUGUUACGACAGCGCGCCGAGGCCGACGAGACGCGAGCUAUACAAAGGGAGCGCGACGCUCGAAGGGCGGCGCGCGCGCGCUCAGCUGCGGAUGCCUGUGCCGCGAGUUCGGGACGGUGCGCUGCGAUAGCGCAGGCUUGCGUGGACGAGGCGAACGACGCGGCCGGUGGUGUUGCGUUGUUAUCUAAUCUCCGUAGCCAGCUUAAAACUCUACGAAGGCAGCGCAUUUUUGAUGGCGCGGCCAAUACCGAUUUCAGGAGGGAGUUGGUACGCGUGAGAAGGGACCUCGAGCAGGUUCUGCAAAGGUACGGGAACAAUCUCACAGACAAAAAGGGUGGGGAGGACGAUUUGGAGGUCAUUGGAAGACUGCUGGCAUCGGGCAAGGACGACUUCUGGGACGAGGAUGAAGAGGAACCGUCCGAGACGCCUCCCCAGUCGCCGAAUCGGGCAUUAGAGAAGCUGCGGACGCGCAUCGCCUCACCUAAAAGAUCAUCAGCAGCACUGCGCGCUUCCAAGCCGCCUAAAUUUGUGCACUCGCCGUCGAAGCCGGCGACGCCCCACCAGUCCGAGCUCGAUGCCGCGGGUGAUGAAUUUGAUGAAGAUUUGGAUAGGGCGAUUAAUUGGGAGGACGACGACGACAUUCGCGAGGGCGUGAAGAAGCGCGAGAAAGAUGAUGCCGAUUUACUGAAUCGGCGCAGUGAAGAUCUGAGGCGGCGCUUCGCAGCGGAACGAGCUUUAAGGGAGGACCGCGCGCGCGCUGCCGACGCUGCAGCCUUAGCUGCCGAAACUUUAUUAGUGAAUGCGGCGGAGCAGCGCGCCGCUGAAAAAAGGGAAGCUCGUAGAUUGUUAGCCUCCGCCGAAGCCGCUAGACGGACGCGGGACCGCCUCGCCGUGGCGCGUUUGCGGAACGAGAAGGAACGAAGGAUAGCGGCGCGCCACGCGGCCACGGCCGCCUGCGAACUGGAACGGAUCCGAAGGGUGCGCAUUGAUGAAGACGCGCGAGCCGAGGAGGCCGCGGCGUUCUUGGAGCGACGCAUCGAAAAUAUUACGACAGUGGUGGCGCUGGCCGAGGCGGAACGAAGUAGGAGAGUGGACGAGCGGGCCGCUCUGAGAAUCGAGGCCGCGGCCGAGCAGCUGUCGCACCGCCGGUCCGCCAUCGCCUUCGCGAGGGCGGCCAAGGAUGCCGAAGUAGAGGCGUGGCACGCGCGGCGCGACGUUGAAGAAAGAGCCGCGCGCGUCGAUAUGGUAGCGGAGCGCGCCCGGUCGAUAGCGUUGGUCUGCGGGUCGGCCGAGGCGGAGCGCGCGAGGCGCGUCGAGCUGCUCGUGAGGGCGGACGAGGCGUAUCGGAGGGAGCUGCCUCGUAUACGUCAGAGAGUGGUGGAAGCGUGCGAGACGGAACGCGCCGAGCGCGUCGCCGAGGUCAAUCGAAAGCGAAAGGCGGAGGUCCAGCGCGCCGUCGACGCGAGACGGGACGCCGCGCGCCGCUGCGAAGAGGAACGCCAGCGUUUGUUGGAAAAUCUCGCUGCUUUAGCGUGGCGGCGGCCCUGGGCGCCCGCCGCGAUCCAGCGCGCGGCGGGUGACGUGGAGGCCUUCAAGAAGGACGCGGCGCUCUGGAAGCGGCGCUUCUCCGAUGUUAAAAAUUCGUUGACGCGCGACGUCGACGUUGCCAGGUCCGAAGCGGACCGGUGGAAGCGCGCCUGCCACGACCUGAAGUCCAGAGUACAGGUCGUGAAGAAGGCGAGCGAGGGCGAGAAGGCGUUACGGGAGGAAAUACAACUGUGGAAGCGGAAGCACGAGGCAUUGGUUGCGUCGCAGGCCCUGAAUGCCGAGCUCGUCGCGGCCAACGAGCGGGGCUCGGCGCGGCGCAGGAGCGCCGAGGCGAAGCAAGCCGCGGAGUCGGGGAUGUGGCGGGCGAAGCACGACGAGCUCCUUGCGUCGAGCGACGCGAUCCAAGCGAAGCUCGAAAGUGAAAGAGACGCCUGGAAGCGGCGCUGCUCGUCUCUGACAUCCGAGAUGGAUGGGCUGCGGGCGCGGCGCGGCGGCGGGGCGGCUAAAGCGUCGGAGGCGGACUCCCGGGAGCUCGACGAACUGCGGGCUUCGAAAGCGUCAAUCGAAGCGGAGCGCGACGCCUGGAAGCGGCGGACGGACGCGGGCGCGGCGGACGCGGCCAGGCUGCGCCAGCGCGUCGCGGAACUCGAGACGACCGUCGCUUCCGCGUCGGCCGCCGAGGCCGCGCUGGCGAAAGAGCGGGACGCGUGGAAGGCGCAGCAUGACGAGUUGAAUGCACCGGAGCGGACCGGCGCCACCGUGCGCGACCUCGAGGACAAGCUCGCGGCGGUGCGACGGGAAUGCGACAUGCUCAAGGAAGCCGCGCCAUCGAAGGGUCCGGGCCUCGACGUCGCCUCGGCCCUCGCCAUCUCGCGCGCGGCGCGGUCCGUCGGCGUCGCGGAGCGGCGCGUGCGCAUCGCCGACGGGAAGGCGGCCCAGGCGCUCGACGCGGCCGCGGCCGCCGACGCGGCGAGCGCGGCGCUGGCGGCGGACUGCCUCGCGGCGCAGGGCCGGGCCGGGAAACUCCAGGCACGCCUCCAGAGCGACCGGGCCGCCCAGCGCGACGCGCCACCGCCGGACCAGGAUUUGUUGGACGAACUCGUCGCGGUCAAGCUUCAGUUGGCCCAGGCGUCCCAGCUCGAGGAGGAGCUCGCAAGCGUUCGGGCCCAGCUGGCCGAGGCUCGGGCGGGCCACGAUUAUAUCAAGCCCGUCGAGAAAGCGCCCAAAAAGAAAUUCUUCGGUAGGAGUAAAAAGUGAAUAGUGAAUAGACUUA